GUACGUUCGAGACGUUGGAAUAACUAUAGGCUGCCUAUAGUGUCUAAGAGUUUUGCCUCAGUUUUAUUUUCUCAAGAACAAGCGGUUGUUUCUCCCGUUUCUCUCAUCAGUACAUACACAGUGGUCUUGAAAAUAUAUAUUCUAAGUUAAGAGGUAAGAUGCCCAAAGUGCCCAUAAACCCCACAAAUGCCGUUUACUAAAUAAAACUCAUCGAGAGUUAACAUUCUUUCGUUCAGCAGUACACUAUUUUCUCAUUAAAUUUAAAAAUUUUUUUUAUUAUUUUAAAUGAUUAUCCUUUUUAAUUUAUUCUAAGAACAUAAAAAGUAUUAUUACAAAUAUGAUAUAUAAUUUUCAUCUUAAAAGUGAUGAAAAAUAUUAAACAAGUGUCGUGAUUCUGUGAGUGAAAGACAAAAAGCAGGUCAUCAUUGUCACAACCGGAUACAUUAAAUAGAACAAAAAUUUUUAACUUGGUCAAAAAAUUUUAUUUUAUUAUUAAUAUUACAUAUUUUAUUUAUCAGAUUAUCAUAUUUUUUUAUUUUUUUUUUUUGUUAAUGUUUUCAAGUGCAUCUACUUUGAUUGAUAUAUAAAAAAAAAAAGUAUUUAUUUAUUUCACAUAUCGCAAGUAAUGUACUAGGAUGUGCAUCAAAAAAAUAUGUCUGUUGUUUACAAUUUUUACGGUGACAACAGUAUUAUGUACUCAGGAUCAAAAAAAGGAUGAGUUUUAUCAACGAUAUAUUCAAGUGAUGAAUAAAACUACAAAUCAUUCUAAUGAUGAUAAAAUACCUGGAGUUAUAUCACUUGACACGAAACCUUUGGAUACAACCGAUGUUGUUACAUUUAAUAAUCUCACAGCAAGAACAACAAAGUUGCCAGAAAUGACAAUGGGCUCAAAAUUUAAAAAAAAAAUAUCACAACUAAAACAAAUAAAUGAUGAUAAAAAAAGUAUUGAUUUGAUUAAUAGCAGUGCUAAUACAUCUACAACACCUACGAAUGAAACAAAGUUUUUAAAAAUUUCAAAUAUAUAUAUACAUGAUAACAAUACUAAUGAUAAUAACAACAACAAUAAUAGUAAUAAUAAUAUAUAUAGUGUUGAAAAUUUAGACAAGCCAAUUACAAUGACAACAAUUAUUGAUGAUGAUAAUAAUAAUAAAACUUCACCAUCAAUUGCUAAUUUAAAUAGUAUUGAAAAAGUAUUAAAUCCAUCAACUAUAAAAACAUUUGAAAGUAAUUUUUCACGCGCUCGUGCACUUGAUAUACCAUCAUCUCCGUCAGAACCAACUAAUUCAUUAAAUGCUAAUUUGACGGAUCUCAGCGAUGUGAGCAUGGAUGAGGAAGAUAAACAAGUUGAAGGUGGAGAGUACAUUGCUGCACAUCACAAUGAAAGUCAUAUUAAAAUUUUACCAAUAAUAUUUACAAGUGAACCAAAAUGUAUAGAACCAAAUAAUAAAACAUAUCUACUUGGAGAAACAAUUGUCAGGGGUUGUACAGAAAAAUGCAUUUGCGGUUAUAAUGGUACCGCCGAAAAUUGUCAGCCAAUUUGUAAAAGUCCAUUAGUUAGGGCUAUUGGUAAAAGUCAAGAUCCUUUUUGUCACAAACAGCAAAUUGAUAAUAAUGAUUGUUGUGCAAUUUUAAUUUGUUCUUCUGUUAAUUAUGAUCAUAAAUCAGUAGAAUCAACAGAAACAUGUAAUUUUAUCGGUAAUGAUAACGAAAAUAAAACUAUUACAAUAGGAGAGCAUAUAGAAGAUGGUUGUUCAAGAAUAUGUACUUGUCAAGUUGGUGGUGUAUUAAAUUGUAAACCUAGAUGUCCACUAGUUGCUGAUAAUGAUAAUAAUAAUAAUAAUAAUUAUGAUGAUGAUGAUGAUGAUGAUAAAAGUCAUAAAGCUAAUUUUAAAAUGAAUAAUUACGAUCGAUGUGUUAAGCUUAAAGAUCCUCGAGAUCCUUGUUGUACCAUAACUUACUGUGAUGUAAGCAUUGGUGAACAUGACGAAUUAAUAUCAUCAAUAGAUGAUACAGUAGCAACAACAACAAAAACCAUAAAUGAUUUUAAUGAUGGCAUUCUUAAUGAUACUAACUUAAUUAACGAUCAAGUUAAAGUUUUAAAUUCAACAGCGAUAAAAAUUUUAUUAUCACAACAAGUUUUAAAUAACAAUAAAACAAUAGUUGAAAUUUCGAAAAAUAAUCACACCUGGAAACAACAAAUUUUCAACAAAGAAGGUAUAAUAUCAAAUCUAGAACCUUCGUCUAUUUACUAUAUUCGAAUCAAAACAGACGGAAAAAAUAAUAACAAUAAUGAUAAUAAGACAAUAUCAACAGUUGAUGGUAUUGUUGCAUUGCCAGCAACAGAAAUUAAGAUAAAUAAAAAUAAAAGCAACAAUGGAUCAAUAAUUAAAAUGAAUAAUGAAGAUACGUGUAGUCAUAGGGGUAAUUUAUACAAAAUUGGUACAGAAUGGUACGACGAAUGUAUAUAUUUUUGUGUUUGUGAAAAGGGUGCUAAAACUGAAUGCGUCACUAUAGAAUGUCCUACUGAUUUUGGGCUUGAUGUUCUUGAUCCACAUUGUAUAGAUUGGGAAACUGUUCCACUUAAUUUUGUUCCUAAAGCUCCUCAAUGUUGUCCUGAAGAAGUAAGAUGUCGUAAUAAUGGAUCUUGUAUUUAUCAAAAUAUAACGUAUGAUAAUUGGAGUGAAAUCCCGAACAAUAUUACUGGAUGUGAUAAAAGAUGUUAUUGUGAAAUGGGAAAAGUAUCCUGUCAGCCAGCAUGCCCUCCAAUUCCAGCUCUACCACCUGACACUUUAUCGUGUGUUUCAAAUCAGGCAAUACUUAGUAAAUUACCUGAUGAUGAAUGUUGUUUACACUGGACAUGUAGCAAUGAAAACAAUAACAACUAUCAUACUUCUAUAUCAGAAAAUAAUAGUACGAUAUUUGUAGAUGAUACCAUGUCUUCGGCGGGUCCCUUAACAAUCACUGAUAUUGUCUCGAAUGAUAUGAAAAAAAAUUGGCAAUCCUCUGUAAUUGCUAAUGACAAUAAUGGAAAAAAAAAACUAAAUAACAAAACUACAAUAUCAAUAUCUAAAUUAACUUUAGCUAAAGAAAUAGAAAAUAGUAAAGAUAAUGAUGAUUAUGGUGCUGGUAUCGAUGUUAAGUUAUUACAUAAAAAUUAUACAAAAUUAUCAUCAACUCAUUCUCAACAUCAUGCUCCCAACAAUUCUGAUACUAUUAAUUAUUUUACGUCUAAUGAGUAUUCCAUUGCAAGACCAACAGAAAUAAAAAUACCUACUUACAAUGGUCCUUAUAAUCCUGAUUAUAAAUUACCUGAAUUGGGCAACUUUGAUAAUAAUCUUCAAUUGAGUAACAAUAAUGAUAAUAUUAACAAAAAUAACCAAGGUCAAUCUGAAAAGAUGAUAUCACCGUUAAUUAUAAAAGAUAAAUUUUUAAAAUCUAAAUUAAGUGAAAUAAAAAAAAAAAAUGAAUCUGCUAAUCAGGAUUAUUACCAUAAUAAAGCUACAAAAGAACAACAACAACAACAAAAACAACAAGUUAUGUCAACUCAAAAAUUUCCUGGCCCUUUGGCACCUGAUAGAUUUCCAACAUUGCCAUCAUUAUUACCAACAAUAAUUGUGACAAGUAAUAAUAAUUUUACACCUACUCAAUCAUCAAAAGAUAAUGUAACUAUUGAUAUAAAUCCUAUAAUAACAGUUAAUAAUUUUUAUAAUAAAUCUGAACAACAAUUUUAUCCAUACAAUAGAGAAAAAAUUUCAUCAUCAAGUAAAUUUAAUAAAUAUCAAUUUUCUGAUUUUAAUAAUACUAAUGGUAUAAAAAAACAAGUUUUACCAGUAAUUAUGUCCAAUAAUUCUUCAUCAUUAUUAUUUAAAAAUAAGUUAGAGUCAUCUACAAAACCAGCGACAGCAGCAACAUCACAAGUAGUACCAAUAAAUACUGAAAAAAAUAACUUUGACAAAAAUAAACCUUUAAAUUUUAAAGAGCAAGAAAUUAUCCCGAAAGAAUUAUUUCACUUGAUAAAUCUUAAUCAUCCAGAGUUAACUCAGCAUCCGGAUUUAUAUGAAUUACAACCACAAAAAACUUUAUCUGUUAAUCAUCAGAAUCAAGAAUCAUCAUCAAUACCAAACAACCAUCACAUUAAAAUAUCACCAAUUAGACAAAAUUUUGGAUUAUCAUUACCAUCAUUAAUUUCUGAACAAGGAAUAUAUAAAAAUAAAUUUAUAGAGCCGCAAAUAAAAGCUCAAAAAAAUGAUAAUGGUGAAAUAACAAGCUAUCAUAUCCAUACUCCACAUAUUCCAAACUCACCUCAACAAAUUCAAGAGUUACUUGCUCAUAUUACCCAACAUGAUCCUAACAUUAAUUCUUUUCAUCAUUAUCCACCUCUAUUAUCAUCAUCUUCACCAAUUAAUUUCAAUAACUCCCCAAAUUCUCAUGUUUGGUCAAAACUUGAAUUAUCACCAAUCCACAAAGGUGACUCUAAUGUUGAAAAUUCAAAGUCAUCACCGCUGCCAUCAUCAUCAUCAUCGUCAUCGUCAUCAUCAUCAUCAUCUCUAUUGACACAUUUAAAUCAUCAAUUUAUUGGCAUUCAGGCUCCCAUUCAUUCAGGUAUGCCAGCACCAUCAUCAGGACAUAUUUAUCCAUCUCUUGGUUUUCCAAUACAUAGUGAUGUAACUGCAGCUACUGAAUAUCUCGGUCAAGUUUCUGAGCAAUCAUCAUUAAAUGAUAAUAAUGAUGAUGAAAUUAUUAUUAAAUCUUUAGAUGCAAUUGAUGAUUCAACAAUAAGAAUACUUUUUACAGUACCAACUGUAUUAGUUGGACUUUAUGGACGUGUUGAGUUACGCUAUACAAAAGAAAAAAUAAAUUUAGAUCCUUCGAAAUGGAAAUCACAAGUAUUCAUACCUCCAAACGACUUGAUAGCAACACCUCAAUUAGAAUUUGAACUUGAUGGUCUAGAACCGUCAACUGAAUAUAAAUUAAAAGUAACAGUAAAUCUUGGAAAUGGUCAAGCUUUUAAAAAUAAUCCAACCAGUAAAAUUUAUAGUAUUAAAACACUCGAACGUUAUAAGGACAGACACCAAAUAUUGACAACAAUAACAACAACAACAACAACACCAACACCAACACCAACAACAACAGAGGUGUCUUUGCCACCUCAAAUUUUUAUUGACGCUGGUCUUAAAGUUACGGAAAAAAAUUUCAGUUGGAUUAAAGUUGAAUGGAAAAAAUUUACAGAAUACGAAAUUCAAUUCAUUGAUGGUAUACAAUUAAGAUACAAAGAGUACGAUAGCAAAGUUUAUACAACAACGCCACUUAUUCAUCGAGCUGUUACAAGUUGGGUGAUUGAGGAUUUAAAGCCAGCUACAACUUAUCAAAUUGGAAUUUCAAUUAUUCCUUUUCCUGGUCAAACUACUGAACUCUAUAGUGAAAAAACGAUUCAAAUAACCACAGCAAUUGAGCUAGAUCCUUACUCUUUUGAUGUAAAAGUUGAAAUUAAAACGGUUAAAUCACAAGAAGUUGAACUAUCUUGGAGUGGAGUACCUUAUCCAGAAGAUAAAUACGUUAAUAUAUAUCGCGCAAUUUAUCAAAGCGACAGUGGAAAAGGGGAUACUAGUACUUUUAAAAUAGCUAAAAGAGAUUCUCCAGCAAAAACAAUAAUAAGUGAUCUGAAACCUGGGACAAGAUAUCGGCUAUGGCUUGAAAUUUAUUUAACAAAUGGAAAAAUAAAAAAAAGCAAUGUUCAAGAUUUUAUUACUAAACCGGGUGUUGAUUUGUUGCAUACCGCUAGCAGUGAUAAUAUUUAUCAUCAACCGGAUAAAUUUAAUAUUGUUGCCACAGCCGCUGCCGCAUCAAUUCCAUCAUUGCAACUAGAAGGCAACAACAACAACAACAACAAAAAUAAUAAUAAUAAUUAUUAUGGACCUCUAGUCAUUGUUGCCAUCGUUGCUUCUCUUUCUAUUCUGUCAACCUUAAUUUUACUUAUGAUGCUUAUGAAAAGAAGAUCAAGCAACAAAGCAGAUAUAUCCUCAUCUCGAAAAACUACAACAUCUGCAGCCUACGAUAAUCCUUCCUACAAGGUAGAAAUACAACAAGAAACCAUGGAUCUUUGAAAUUUAUUAUUCUACAACAACAACAACAACAACAACAAUAAUAAUACUGCCAUCUACGUAGCAGGUAACAGAAAAUAAUACUAAUUUAUUUAUUUAAUUUUAUUGUUUUUGGUAAAAUUAAUUUUAUUAAUAAUAAACUUAAACAGGUACUGAAAUUUAAUUUUUAGUUAAAUUUUCGAUAACAACAUUAUCAAAUACUUUUAUAAUAAUAAUUUGGAAAAUAAUAUAGAACAUUGAGUUGUAAUUAACAAUCUUUAAUUAAAUAGAUUAAUUAUAAUGUAUGUCUAUAUUAUGUUUAAGUUUAUACUGUGUAAGAUAUAAGAUAUUUUAUGAUUAUUUUAUAAGUUGUACAUAUAUAGAAUUAAUGUGCAAUACCAGUAUGUUUUAUUAUUAUUAUUAUUAUUGUUUUCAAUUACUUUAUUCAAUGUAUUCAUUAUUAUUAUUAAAUAUUCUAUUUAUUUAUUUUUUAUCCUAAAAGUUAAUAAAAAAUAUGUAUUAUUUAAUUUGAUUAAAAAUGGGUGUGUAUGAGCAAAAAAAUGAGUAUGAUACUUGAGACAAUAAGUCGAAAAAA